GCCUUCCCCUCAUUUCAGCUGACUCUUAUCCACCUAACCUCGUGGCCUUCCUCGCACAGAUAUCGAAGGGAAUAAAUCGUCGGCCCAUUCCAUCCCUAAACAAAGGAAGAGAUAUAUGUGCGGUCGCGCCAACUCAAAUGCCGCGAAGGCGUUCGGGAAAUUGUUUCCAGGAAGUGACGUAAAUUGAACCGGAAGGUCCUUUAGCCUCGCGUGGAAGCUAGCGAGGUUCUGACACUAACCAGCUCCUUUUACCGAUGGCUCAAAGGCUCUUGCUGAGGAGACUCGUGUGCCUGAACCUGAGGAAGUCCUACGGCUCAUUGUGCUUUCCACCCUCAGCUUUGUCGCCCAGCCUGAAUCAUCUGUCCUGGCACAACCACAAGCCUCCCUUCCUACAUCGAGCAGGUUCACCUUUCUCCAGAGGGUUUUGUGAUUCUCCAGCCUGCAGUGAUACUUUCAAUGUACAGAACAAGACAGAUUUCACUGAUCGAGUCCUGAACAACAAAAAACCAGUUCUGGUAGAUUUUCAUGCAAGUUGGUGCAAGCCUUGCCACACUCUUGGACCAAGACUCGAGAAAUUGGUGGCGAAACAGAAAGGGGAUGUCAUAAUGGCAAAGAUAGACAUAGAUGAACACACAGACCUUGCCAUGGAGUACCAGGUGACUGUGGUUCCGACUGUAAUCGCUAUGAAGAAUGGGUGUGCUGUGGACAAAUUCAUAGGUGUCAAAAGUGAAGAUGAGCUGGAAGUUUUCAUCAAGAAACUGCUUUGAUAUUUUCUGGACUGAUGGCCUGUAAAGGUUUUAUAGGAUGGCUGUGGGGUGACUGUCGUAUGAUUCUCCAUUCUCCAACCAACUGUUCCCUCUGUUGUGUAAAGUAGGCAGAGAUGCUACUACUAACUAUCUGUGUGGCUGAAAAUCCUGCCUCUAUCUACACACCGGCUAGUAAAUCUUGCCAUAACUGAGACUGUUGUCUCCUGUUUUUAUGUGUAAUCUUUAGCCACUAGUGCACCUCAAACAAAACAAUCUAUUCCAUCUGUCUGUUGGUGACCUGCAGCCAGUAGAACCUCAUUGUGACAGUACCACAAUUUCUUCUCUCGACUCUGCUCUAUCUACAGUAAUUUAACUUCAGAAGCCAAUGCGUGACCUUCACUCCACUCUCUCUGAAUCAUAUUUGCCAUCUCCCCACAUCCACUCCCUUAGUAUCUCCUGAAUGUCUGAGAGGUGCUUUAUGUUCUGUAGCCCACACCUGCACUGCCCCGCAUAUGACUGUACUUCAGUGCCAGUAUCUCAUACCAGAAAGCUGAGGUUGAGGAGUUCACGAUCAAUCACAAUUGAUGACCUGAUUUACACUGAACACUAAGCACCAAGAAGCUGAGAGAGCAGCUGCAGGGCAAGGGCAGAAAUGGCAAGUCCUGAUAGCUGACUUAUAUAGAUUAGCAGCAGGAGCGAGAAAAAAUAAUCUUCUAUUGUUUUUUUUAGUCUCAAAAUCAGUUCUAGCUCAGCCAUCAGGAGAGAGUCCCAUUUGACUCAGUGACCUGGAUACGUACAAAACUGCAGGAUCUGGAACAGAGUUUCUUUGGAUAAUUUUAAUUGUAAAUCUGUUUCCUUUUGUCUGGUCUGGGAAUGGGUCAACAAACAGUCACCAAGUGUUGCUUAAAAUGAAAUUCUGUAUUCUCUAUCAAUCGUGGUAAGCUCUGCUGUUCAAUAUUGCCUGACAAAAUGAGCAAGAAAUUAGGGUUUGACAAAGGUAUGCUAAUGAAGACAACGUUAGAAUUAUGAUUAUAAGCACCACAAAAAAAAGGCUUUUUAUUGGUGGGUCUUGCUUCAUGAUCUAUUGUAAUAAACUUAUUUUCUAUCUGCACUUUCCUCACCCACCCCAAAAGCUGUGGUCCCUGGCACAUGCUCUGCUUCUUUUUGUCUGUUGUGUAUGAAGGAGAAGUGAAACUUGGCAGGGGAAGAAGGUUGUCCUCCCCUUCUCUGUUGUUAACCUGGCAGGCUUCUCAGGUGGUUACAUUCGAGUAGUUUGAGAGAAUUGAGAAACAAAAACAUUGCCUCUUUCCUCCCUGGCAUAGUAUGUGUCAUGGAUCCAUGAAUAAAUCUAUCGGGGAUACAGGAAGCAGUACAAGACCACUAGGAACCGUGAUCCCAGUUCAUUCCUUCCUCUGUUCAGGUCUUGGAUGGAACCACAACUCGGCCUCUCUCUUGGGGAUGGGAGGAAAAUAGAAAAAGCCAGUGACUGCUGUGCUGUAGCACACACUUAAAUAGAUAUUUACAGUCUGAGCAUAUCCUUGAGGAAUGGCAAUUGAACAAUGCUGUGGAUGAUGGCUUAACCUGAAAAUGUACCCUUUAUUUAGGUUGACGACACAGCACUUAAAUCUCCCAGUACUGCCCUCCUCGUUUGGCCAUCCACAAGCACUUUUAAUCUGCCAGUCAUAAUCUGAUUUAAGCAGUAUACAAUCCUGGAUUAUGUCCACUGCAAUGAAACUGGGAGUGUUCUGAUGGAACCAACUGAUUCUAAUGCAGAGUCGAGUAAAGUUGACACAAUUUGUUGUUUAUAAAAUUCAAUGUUGAUUAAAGGAGGGAAAGUAGCCUACAUCAAAUCCUGGUUCCAUUGUUUUCCUUUGCACUUUGCUUAGUAGGUUCUGCCCCUCUCCUCAGCUCCGUUUGUAAGGGAUCAGUCUGAUGAUUUCAUUUGUUUCCCUCUGCAGGAGCUAACAGCUCAGCGAGUGAUCAUAUCUACACCCUGCCACACUGUUUAAUUAAUGGAGUAUUGUCCUGCUGUAUUAUGCUGCAGAAUAAUGAAAUAUAAUCAGUCUUGUCAACAAAACCUGAGAUAAAUUAAUGAUUCAGAACGCCUGAAUAAAGUGCGUAUUUCCAGAAGCUGGUAGUCAGCCACAUUUCAGUUUAGUGGAGCUUUCUGCCCAAGUCUCAAAUCAAAAUAUUCAAACUUGGCCCACGAAUGUACAGACUGCCACGUUUAGCUAAUUUAGCUUACUGUAACAUACUAAAAGUUAUAAAAUGGUGGCUGAGACCUUCACUAUAUUGCUAGAUGGAACUCACUAAGAUUAUAAUCUUUAAUACAGUAUUGGAGUAACAAGUUGGAAAAGUCCUUGGUUUUAAUCUCCCCAUGUCUCCAGAAUAGCAAUGAAUCAGUAAACCGAGCUUGGCAAACUCUGGGGCUGGCCCAGGAUUGCAGUUAAUUUAUUGGUGACCUUAUGUUGAAUAGUGAAGUAAGGGAAGAAUCCAGCUUGACUGCAUAAUGCCAAGAGAUUUCUGCCAGUCCCCUGUAGAAAUUAUCUGCAUUAAAGGAACUGGAGAUGGAAAUGGGCUUUUUAGAGGGACACAUUCUAUUGUGGCUUUAAAACUUUGGUUCGCCUGAUCACCAGUGCUUUGAAUGAUAUGUACUGAUGUUUGUGUAGGUAAAAUUGGACUCCAUUCAAGUGUAUGACUGUGAGGAAUAGUGGUCUCUAGCUCAAAUACAGUUGAGGGGAGAUCCAAGAGUCAGUAAUGGACCAGGGCAGGAGCUAGUUUUUGAUCUCCAUAGUGAGCUCCUGAGAGAGGGGACUGGAGUGACUAUUUUCAAUGUUUGAAUUUAACCCCUGUGCAGUUCUUCCCAGAUGUCCUUCAGUUAAUUUGGUGCAACAAGAAUUGUGUUCCUUUGUGACCGACUGUUUGCUUUAACACCAACAGAUGUCUCCGGUCCAGUGUUUGAAAAUGCGGUGUAUUCUCUGUAGUUUUGGAUGCUUCCCUUACCAAUGAUCUGGUAGUCACCAGGUUUAACCUGUGAAUUUUAGACCUUCCUAUGAACUGUCUCAAUCAAUCCAGCAGAUUGUUUCCAACAGUCCUGGCAUCCUUCCCCAACUGGCAUCCACUUCUUCUUCAACGCACAGACUCAGACUUUUGUUACCAGUAGAAAAUUGCCUUUUGCUAUAAUCACAUGGUUGAUGCAGGGCUUAGAAGGGGUUUGAGGAGUUAAGGAUUUUAAUCGUCAAAUUGAGUUUCUUUACUGGUGAUUCACAUAGUCUCAUUUUGUAACUAAAUUCUGAAUUGAAUUUUUUUGGAAAUGUUAAAUCUUACUGCCAUGAAACAGAGUAUUAUAAAUAAAUUCUCACAGCAAA